AUGACAUACAAUUUGACAUGUUUCAAUGCUGAAACAGAUUUCACGCCUGAAGGUGUUAUGAUGUAUCGAUUUCGUGCAUAUGUAACACCAUUAAUUGUUAUAUUUGGAACAAGUGGAAAUAUUCUAGUGAUUAUUGUUUUUAUUACAAUGCAAAAUAAAUCUCCAUGUCGAUUUAAUUCUUACAUAAUUGGUAUUGCUGUAGCGCAUAUCAUGGAAUUGAUAUUUAACGCAUUUUUAGAUGAUUUUCUUGGUAGAGGAUUAGCAUGGUUGACAGAAUGUAACAUAAUUAUUAAAUUAGAUACUUAUUCAUUAUUUUUAUGUAAAUUUUUCUCAUACAUUCCAGAAACAACCGGAUUAAUUUCAACCAAUGUUCUAAUUAUAUUCAGUUUCGAUCGUAUACUAACCGUAUUUCAACCGAUUAAAUUUCGCGGUGAUCGACAUCUUCGUUUUGUUCGGUAUAGUAUUAUAAUUAUUUAUAUUAUUGGAAUGAUAUUAUACUUGCCGACAGCUAUUAAUUCUGGUCUUGUAACAAAUAAGCAUAAUUAUACACUUUGUCAAUUUGUUGAUCCAUUGAAAUUCAGUGUUCAAUAUAAUUUAUAUUUAUCAAAUAUUGGCGCAACAAUUAUACCCACUUUGGUAGCAUUUAUCACUACGAUUAUUAUAACACUUAAAUUACAUAAAAUAUUUAAAGAACGCUAUGAAAUGUGUCAACAUGUUGAACGGAAUACCAAUGAACUACGUCGUAUCGCUGGACAUUUAGCUAUGACAACAAUAUUUUUCAUAUUAAAUAUACCAUUAAUUAUUGUAGUAUUAUUGAGACAACAUUCAGAUUAUAGUAAUUACAAUGUAUUAUAUCCAAAUUAUGCGCAUAAAUUAAAACAUCUUUCAAAAUUAUUCAGUUCUAUUAAAUCGCUGAAUGCUGCUAUGGAAUUUCCGACAUUUUUCAUUUUUCUACCAGCAUUCCGUCUACAUCUUCGUCUAUUAUUAUUAUGUAGACAGAAAAAAUCCACUCCUAAAGAUGUCUUCUCUUUACAUCGUAUGCGAAAAACAUGGAAGCAAAUAUUAACACGAAAUAAUGCGAAAUCACAAACAACUACAAAUAAUACGAAGAAAAAUGGAAUCACUGAUAAAACACAGAAUACAAACUAA